CACCUGAGAACUUGUGCUUGCGAAGUCUCAUUUUGUACUAUAUCUUCAACUGCCACCGGUCAGCCCUUUCGUUUUCUGACAUCCGCAUCUGGCAAUUGUCGAAAUCGACGAUUUUGGGUUUGAUCUUACAAGGCAUACAUACUGCUGGGUGGCUUUCGUUUCGGUUUUUUCCGAUUUAUUGCCUCUCAAAGCUCAACGAUAUCUCUUCUGCCAUUGGUCCUCCGCCCACAAUACACAGGCGGGAAUCUUGGUUGCUUCCUGGUUCUCCAGUGCUUGGGAGUUUCCUUCGUUUUGACUUUUGCCUCAGCCGUCUGAAACCUUUGGACUCGAACCAUUUCAUUCCGCUCUCGACUGAGGCUGGAACGGCUUUACGCUUAGGGUCGUCGACCCUUCAGCUACUUCACCUCCGGGUCCUUGUUUUCUAUUCCAUAGGCAUGGUGUUUGCAUUGUGACGCUAAACAGCUCUAUACCCUCGCGUUCUGACCUAUAUUUAUUCACCCGCACGAUAGCGUUGCUAUCCUUUUCCCUCACGCAGAGUCUCGCGUUCUCUAGAGCCGUCAUAUUCCCCGUUAGAACCAGGCUUAGCAGAGACCAAAUCCGGCUUCUUUGUGGGUGUGGCUGCGAGCUCGCCCACAUCCCUCACGUUUUCCAUCAAUACACAGCAGAAAUACGGCUGGCCACGGCCUCAUUCUACAGCCCUCUUCCUCCAAGUCUUUUACUGCAUAUGAGCCUGUAUUUCCUUUGCUACCUCUGUCUUCAACCCGGACAUUGUUGUGGGCUUGGCCGAGAUUCUUCCGCUACCCCCGGCCGUUGGCCAGCCUGCUAGUCUCACCCAAAGAAAGGCUUUAAUCGAUCUGAGUCAAUAGCGUCCUUUCAGACCGCUAGGAGUCCAUUGAGGCUACACGCCUUUGACUACACCAGCCUUCAUCCACUCCCCCCAUCGUCUAUCUGUUAGCUGUUGAUGCAACCGAUCUAAGCCGCCACUGAUCCUCCACUAAUAAGCUCGACACUGGCGUCUCUCUUUCCCAUCCAUCUAUGUUGAUGGUAGUCCUUCCUGACUGCACCGGAAUAUUCCACAACGUUCAUGUCUCUAACAGCUGUCGAGACCGCCGCGCGAACAUCACAGCGGCUGAACGCGAUGCCACAGACCAUGCCGGAGGCCAUGUCACAUCCACACGCGACGACAAUAAUGAAUUGGGCACCGGACACACAUCAUCCUCCUCGGGGUCCAGCUCGCUCUCACUAUGACCAACACCCGUAUUCUCCGGUGGGCCUACUCACCGUAGGGCCCGAUCAUCGUCGUCCUUCACAGCUGCAGCAUCAUCAACACCCGCGAACUGGCCAUGUUUACCAACUGAAUGAGAUGCCGGGCUCUGUGCCUCAAAACCAACCUCAUCAUCCUCUUCAUCCACCACCUGGGCUAUAUGCUACUGAUCCUACAGCUGGACAGCAAGCCCGUCCACCGCAAGCUCCAUCUACCUUUCGUCUACGGAAUAGCGAAAUGCUGGACCACGUGCAAGACCACCAUCCAUUAUAUGCGCCGAGACUGCACUCGGUGUCAGAGGAUCAACCGCCCGCCUUCGUACAUGGUCAGCAUAGACCAUCAAUCGAUAUGUGUGCCGUUCCUCCCUUUACAGAGUAUCACUUCAAUCCGGCUGCUACAACCAAUGGUGGGCCGCCUCAUUCGAAUAGUCCUAUGGUAUCUCCAACUGAACCGAGGCCUGAUCAUAUGAAGAUACCCGAUAUUCUUUCCACUGGCGAGGGAAGUGGCGGUAGGAUGAGCGUGAACAAUCGCUCAGCCGAUGUCCGCUUUAGGCUCCAGAUACGGCAGCAACCAAUUGCGGCUCGAUCAUGUGGAUUCGGGGAGAGAGACCGGAGAGUAAUCGAUCCGCCACCAAUCGUUCAGCUUCUCAUUGAAGGUGCUAAUCUCACGAAAGAGGAGACAGUAAAACAUCUGCGCUAUCCCCACUACGUGAUGAGCUGCUCUAUUUACGAUGAAUCUGGGUCCCGUGAUGCCUCGUUCAUGCCUGAAGAGUAUCGGCAACAGCGCCGACUCAUGGGCUUAUUAGUCAGUGCCCCGUUCGUUGGCAAGGAUGAACAUGGCGAGGAGGGUUGCUUCUUCUGCUUUCCAGACUUGUCCUGCAGAACUCCUGGCUCAUUUCGCCUUCAUUUCGCCUUGGUCAAAAUUGACCCAAUCCGUGCAAAAGAGGUGAAGCGCUUCCCGACUUUGGUUGACGAUAAGAGCGAUGUUUUUACUGUUUAUACAGCAAAGGACUUUCCUGGGAUGCAGGCCAGCACAAAGUUGACCAAGCGACUUAAGGAGCAAGGCUGUAUUAUUUCUAUCAAGAAGGGAAAUGACCGGUCCAAAAAUGCCAGGAGUCACGACGAUUCAAGCGACGGAGAGCAAGAUGAGGGCGAAGCUUCGUUGCAAGGAAAGCGGCGACGCCGUUCGGCGCGAUAGUGAACACACAGCAUAUAAUAUAUAGGGCGUUCGAUGUGUUUUCAAGGCAGGCAAGUUUCGGGUCAUACACGUACACGGAUGGGACAAUAUGGCGCUAUAUUGAUUGACGAUGCUACCUGGGUGUUUCUAUACUGCGCUACAGAAUGAAGGUUGUUCUGAUGUGCUCAUUAUACCAUGGUUUGCCUUUGUUUCAGCAAGGCAUGCUUCAGUUAAAAUAGUUUCAGCACAUAAGUUGAUGUUGAGAAGGGGUACUGUGCCCAUAUCACAACUUGUGGAAUAAAGAGAACAUAUAUUCUCCCUCUCUUCUUGCAUGUUCCCU